AUGAGUCAGGUUAACGAAUCAUCAAACAGCUCAAUUUCAAAUAAGAAAUCCGGUGGCACAGAUGACGCUCAAAGAGAUGACGACGACGAUUCUCCGACGACUUCUAGUCAGAAAGAAUGCAGUAAUUGUGAGUUGUUAAANAUGAAUGCAGCGCGUGCAUUCGCCUCACUGAGCACUCUGAAACAACGUCUUGCAGCUCUAGAAAACAGUAAUACGACAUCCGAUGGCAUUGUUCCCGAUCAACGAGAUGAUGGCUUGUCGAAGAGUCCUGAUCAGAGAGAAUGUAGUAAUUGUGAGAUGUUAAAGGUGAAUGCAGCGCGUGCAUUUGCCUCAUUAAGCACUCUCAAACAGCGUCUUGCAACACUCGAAAGCAAUGAUAAGGUAGUUUUUGAUUGA